AUGGCUCGCAAAGACUAUGUUUACCGACGGCCCCCGCCCUGGUCCAAAACCCUUCCUACUCUCCACAUCAUCACUCCCACUUACAGCCGCCCAGUGCAGAAGGCUGAGCUGACUCGUCUGGCCAACACUCUGCUUCAUGUCCCCAACCUGCACUGGAUCGUGGUGGAGGAUUCCCAGAGUAGGACUGUUCUAGUUAGCCGCUUCCUUCAGGAAACAGGGCUUAAAUACACACACCUCAAUGUAGAGACCCCUUCAAACUUUACACCCAAAGGGGACACUACAAGUCGCAAAAUACCACGUGGUACGUUGCAGAGGAACCUGGCCCUGCAGUGGCUUAGAGAGACCUAUCCUGUAAACUUCAGCCAGCCUGGAGUCGUUUACUUUGCUGAUGAUGACAACACAUACAGUCUGCGACUGUUUGAAGAGAUGAGGUACACGAAAAAGGUGUCUGUGUGGCCCGUGGCAUUAGUGGGGGGUAUACGAUACGAAACACCCAAAAUAAAUGCCCUAGGCAAGGUGUAUGGUUUUAAAACUAAAUUUGACCCAACCCGACCUUUUGCCAUAGAUAUGGCUGGGUUUGCAGUGAACCUUAGCCUGAUUCUGUCCAAACCUCAGGCUAACUUCCAGUUGCAAGGGGUGAAAGGAGGAUAUCAGGAGAGCAGCUUACUGAAGGAACUUCUAUACCUUUCUGAUUCCCUGCAGGUAUUAGUAUGGCACACACGGACUGAGAAGCCUUCACUGGUACGUGAGGGCAAGAAAGGAUUUACAGACUUAAAUGUGGAAAUAUGA